AAACGUGAUCGAUAAAAGGUGGCUUGUAAUUUUCUGUUGCUAGUAUGGACGACGAAUCGAACAAUAACCAAUCGUUAAAUGUAUCGCCGGUAAAUGAACGGGAAAAAUCACCGUCACCGUAUCAAGAGUCUAAAAAAGCUGACUCGGAAUCGUCGUCUUCUUCUUCUUCUUCUUCGUCGAGUUCGUCGUCGUCGUCAUCAUCGUCGUCGUCCUCUUCGUCGAACCGAUCGUCGUCGUCACCGUCGAAAUCUCCAAGCUCGACAUCAUUAUCCGAGCCAGAUGAAACCGACGAGAUAGCAGCCAAGCAACUCGAAGACAAGCUUUUGAAAUCCGAGACCGACGAUUCGCCCCAAAAUUCGCCGCCGAUCCGCCGCCAUUCGACGCAAAUCGCUGGUACUUCUUUCGAAGAGAUACCCGUCGUCGAGAACGAAGGUAAGAUUUCUGAGUUUAAAAUACCUAAAAUCAUCGGUACCUCUCCUCUGAAAAAACGUAAAAACAAAUCUAAAUUAGCGUCACCGGUGAAAAAACGUAAAAUAUCUAAGAAAGUGAAAAAAUCUUCAAAGAAAACAAAACCAAACUCACCCAAAUCAACUAAAAAGAAGUCUAAGCGCACCAAAAAAGCGAAGCGCAACGAGAAACAAUCGAAAGCCACCGAGAAAAAAUCCGAACCAACGACAAAAGCAACCGCCAAAACUGCUAAACCUCCGAAGUCACCAGCACCACUGCCGAAGGUAUCUGCCAAAAAUGUCUCGCCGUCGUUAACUGCAAACCAGAACAAACAUGUCGAAUCAUUGUUCGACUCCGACGAUGAUAAAAUACAACAGCGACCGGUGAAAUCGUCGUCAGGGUAUUCGCCACCAAGUUUCACUUCAUCUGAAACAGAAAGAAACGAACGGUCAUUAAGAUUAAAAGCACUCGAAUUUAAAACGAAGUAUGAUUCAUUAAAAGAGAAAUUUGAAUCACUAAUGAGGAAAAACAACGACCUCAAAGACCGAAAUGAGGAACUGAAAAAAACUCUAGUUCCAACGGAUAAGAAAAUUCGUUUGCCAACUCGAAACUGGACCUACAAUUUCGAAGAAAACAAAUUGUAUUGGAGACACAGGCUAGUACUGGGCAACGGAGUGUUAGGUGCAGUAGCAAAUUACGUAAAGCACGAUAUGGCCGGAUAUGUGGCGCCAAAAUCAACGUUGGAAAGUUUCCUCGAUAACUGCCCACCGACGACCGAGAAACAUUAUUAUAUUGAGUGUGGUUUUGAAGAUUUUCAAAAUCAAAACCGGUUACCCGAAGAAGUAGCCGAAGAAGUGAAAAAAUUUGUCGACGGAUUAAAACCGAACGUCGAACUUACGCGUAUUUCUUUGGUACCCUAUGUGGGUGAUUUUGAAAUUGAUGCUAAGAUCAAAAAAUACAAUUCAAUUUUAAUCGAUUGGGGAAAAUCCGCCGAAAGGGUAGAAUGUUGCGAAAGAAUUAAAAUUGCGACCGAGGAUUUUAGAGGAGGAAGAUGGCACCGUACAAAAAGUGGCUAUUACGUACCUUCCAACGACUUAGUCGAAUAUUUGUUUCGAGAGCUCGAAUUGGCUACCGGAAAAAAGUUGGCUCCAUCGUCAGAAUCUUCGGAAAAUAACUCGGCUGAAAAAUCGCGACAGCCACCGAAAUACGAUCACCCAAAGCCAAAACAAAGGCACCAAAUGCCCAGGGGGCAAGGUCAACGACCACUGAAGCGAAAGUUCAAGCCGAACAUGGGUAACAGGUUCAGACAGCCCAAUCGCCAACAAACCAACCACCAAACCUAUCAGCAAAGUGCAGGCAAUCGGUAUCCGCCUGACCAAUAUCGCGAAUCGUACAAUCAACCGCCACAAAAUUAUGCCGAGUACCUUCGGGGGUCGAGCUAUCCAAAUCGUGCACCACGCAGGUCAAGAAGACCUCGCAGAACCUAUUAAACAAAAAGAAGUAAAUAGAACAAGAAAUGGUACGGGUGCACGUCAUUACACCUCCGGUGACGGUGAAUGUGGUGACAAUAAUUAACCGUUCUUUCACGGUAUUAUCGCAGCGAACAAUUCCAGCAAGGCACAAGGUCGAAGUAUUUCCGGCGGAUUUCGUGCUAGAAAAACUCCUGGAAGAUGAUUAAAAAACAAGAAAUAACUGUGAUAUUAAUUAUAAGAACUCGUACCAAAUAAAACGACAAAAAACGAUAAAUAGUAUUGUACCUGUUAUUUAUGCGUAAAAAACACCUCGCAAAAACGCUCGAAGAAGAAAAAGGCAAAAUCCAAAAUCAUUUCAUCGUAACGUUCGACCAAAGUAACCGUAGAUACCGAGCAAAAAUCAAAAUUCAAUUCUGUAACAAAAAAUAAAAACACUCAAAAAACUCUGGUAUCGAAAGAAAUAGAAAUAGCAUGAGAGGGAAA